AAGCAUAACCGGGAAGUUACCUUGAACCGUAACUUACCAAUGGUACCUCGCCAAUAAGGUUUACUUCAGUCAUAACUGUGAAAUUGUCUAUAGGCAUUACCGAGAAGUUGAAUCGGUGCGCAGUUACAUUGAGUUUUGACUUGACGGUUAUAUCCUUGACUAAUACUUUGUCCGUGACCCUUAGAUUGGUUUCUCUGGUUACACCCUUGAUUCAGAACUUGGUUUCUAAGUGUCUUGUAUAAUAAUUUGAUUUUCCUGAUUAUAUAUUUGAUUCAUGAGUUCCCUCCCUUUUCAAGAAUCCCUUGAUGACCCACAUUAGGAAUAUAUUGUUGGUUUCUUCCAGGAAUAUAUUUUUGGUUCCCUCCCGGAAUAUGUAUGAGUCCCUCUUUGAAAGUAUUUUUGUUUCUAUCCUGGAAUGUAUUGUUGUUUAGGAUUAACUUGAUAGGAACCUUCAGGAAUAACUAGAUCUUUGGCAUUUUGUUGCAUUCGAUAGAAACAAAACGUUAUCAUUCACGAUAACUUUUUUUAUAUGUAAAUCCUUGAAUUGCUUCAUUUUUGACAGUGAGUCACAAAAUUCCUUUAAACUAGUUCCAUCUGGAAUUAGCAAUAAUACUGCCUGAUUCAUAUUAUCAAAGAGAGAUUUAUCGAUUUUGUGCGAAUACAUUGUUCAUAUAGUGUUAAAGAAGCUGAAUGCCAAAGACUUAGACGUGAGGAUCAACCCGACAUCAUGACAUCCUCACCAAGAGACAAGUAUUUUUCCACAUACAUCCUAUUUUAUACAUUGGGGAUGAUAAGUCAAAUGCCCAGCAAUUUUUUUAUAACAGCGAACUCAUAUUGGAUGUACAAAUUUAGAAACACAUCGAUACCUUUCGAUCCCCAUGAGAAGGAGAAAAAAGAUUUACAGGCAACAUUCACAUCCAACUUUUCUAUAGUUGCAAAUGUUGUGUCUUUCGCUUUUAUCAUUAUUACCGUGAAAUUUGCGAAGAAAAUAUCAGUCAGCACAAGAAUUAUUGGCUCAUUAUGUGCUGAAAUGGUGCUUUUUAUGAUCACCAUAGUUUUUGUCAAUGUGAAUAGUGAUUCGUGGCAAUAUGGAUUUUACAUUUUCACGUUGAUCACAGGAGUCCUGUUAAAUGGAUCGAGCGCAGUAUGCUUGAUUUCCGCCUUCCAACUCUCCUCGAAGUUUCCUCAAGCUUACGUAGCGGCUCAGUUAACAGGUCAAUCGGUUUGCGGCAUUUUCGCCGCCCUAAUCCAAAUACUGGCGUUGACUAACGGCAUAGAAAGAGUCAUACCGAACGCCUUCAUUUACUUUUCGACCGCCUUGCUCGCCAUAUUAGCCACUUUAAUGUUUUACGGAUACAAGAAACGAUAUUCGGAGUUCUUCAAUUACUACGAAAAUUUGGAGGUUCAAACGCAAAACACGGGAUUGCCGUUUUCGAAGGAGAAUGUUUUACGGGUUUUGAAAAAAAUGAAGUUUUUGUUAUUCUCCAUGAUUUUCAUUCAGGGUGGAACGAUAAUUAUUCAUCCUGGAUUAACCGCCAACGUGGUGUCUGUUGGUGAAGACAGCAAAUGGAACACAACAUUUUUCGUGCCUGUGAUAACUUAUUUAAUGUACAAUAUUUGUGAUUUUGCCGGAAGGGAAGCUUCUUUAAGAAUCAAACAACCAACAAAUGAUAAAAUUCUCUUCAUCUUAAGUACCUUGAGGUUAAUAUUAAUUCCAUUAUUGAUGCUGUGUAAUGCACAACCAAGACAUCACACUUCUGUGGUGUUUAACUCGGACACUUGUUAUAUUAUUUUCAUGUUUAUUUUUGCAAUAACGAACGGAUAUUUAUUUAAUUUAACUAUAACAGCACUUCCUUCGGUGAUAACAUUGGAAGAGAAAAAGAUUGGUUUUACAGUGCUUAUUUGCGUUCUAGUCGUCAGUUUGGCAUGUUGUGCCAUGUUAAACAGUGCAGUCCUAAAAAUAAUUUAAGUAAAACAACAAAAUGUAAUAUUAAAUAUUUAUUGCAAUUGUUUUAUUAAUUUUUUAUUGAACGAUCGUAAUAUUUUAUUAUUUACAGAAUAAAGAAUAGAAAUCUUCAUUA